AUGCAUAUGAUCACAACCACCAUGAUUUUUAUGAUCCUUGGUGCUUCAGUUGUAAUGGCGAUAGCGUGUUUAAUGGACAUGAACGCACUACUGGAUCGCUUUCACAACUACAUCUUACCGCAUUUGAGAGGAGAGGACCGCGUCUGUCAUUGCAACUGUGGAAGACAUCAUGUCCACUAUGUAAUUCCAUACGAUGGUGACCAUUCUCUGGUGGACUCGUCAGAGAACUACUUUGUGAGUGACAGUGUGACCAAACAGGAGAUGGACCUCAUGCUGGGGCUGUUGCUGGGAUUCUGUAUCAGCUGGUUGUUGUUAUGGCUGGAUGGAGCCCUGCAUUGUGCCGUGAGGGCCUGGAGAGCCAGUCGCUACUAUGACACCCCGUCUUGGUCCUGGUUGCCACAGUUCUGUAAUCUACGGGAUCUCCGUAGACGUGCGCAGCUACGACAGCUGGAGGACUCCAGUGGAAACAUGGUGCACAUUAAACAGAAGCUCUACCAUAACGGUCAUCCCAGCCCCCGUCACCUCUGA